GCCUGAAGAGUUCGAUUCGUUUAUUCUCCUAGGUUAUUGACAAGACAUUGGCGGUCCCCGGAGGUCUUCAGGAAGGAGAAAGAGAAAUAUGAAAUGAGUUCCUGCAGCUUACUCUGAGGCCGAGUCCUACGCGCAUCUCUCCGGGCUCGAUGUGCUCCCCGUUUCUCGAGGUGGAGAGCAGCUGCUCUCGCCUAGGCCCUCGGCGGCUGUGCCCGAGCAUCCGGCUCCCCAGACACAGCCCCGAUCGGCCUUGAACUUGACCUCGGGCUGGAACGAGACCCCUUGGUGCGCUCCAGCGGGCUAUAACAGGCUUCCUCCGGACCUAUUUCUCGGCCAGAAGACUCCGGAUGCCGGGAGAUCUGCUGGGCUGCCCGGGCUGGAGAGUGUUCUGCCACGUCCAGCUUUGGUCAAGGAGCUGCAGGAAUAGAAACUGCGAAGCCCCUUACCCCCAGGUGUGCACCAACCCGGUUGAGCAGAUGUGGCCUCUGCUGGACCCGUACCCCGGUACAUCCUUUUUCUUCAAGGAAUUCUACUAUUGCCCUAUUUGUCUUUCCCUGUGACUGGGGCCUUUGGAGUUGCACUAUGUUAUCAACGGCCUUCAUUACUUUGGUGAGAAGUGGUAGGAACCAGGUGAAGAAGAGAGUGUUGUUAAGCUCCAUCCUCCUGCAGGACCACAGACAGAUGACUCCUGCCUGCUACUGCUCCAUUUCGGAGCCCAGGUGUUCUCGGUUUGAUCCGGACGGAAGUGGGCAGCCAGCCACUUGGGACAAUUUUGGGAUCUGGGAUAACCGCAUUGAUGAGCCAAUUCUGUUGCCACCUAGCAUCAAGUAUGGCAAGCCAAUUCCCAAAAUUAGCCUGGAGAACGUGGGCUGUGCCUCCCUCAUUGGCAAACGAAAAGAAAACGAAGAUCGAUUUGGGUUCGCACAGUUGACAGAAGAGGUGCUAUACUUUGCAGUCUAUGAUGGGCAUGGAGGCCCUGCAGCUGCUGACUUCUGUCACACACACAUGGAAAAAUGUGUUACGGAUUUGCUUCCUCGGGAGAAAGACUUGGAAACUGUCCUGACCUUGGCCUUUCUAGAAAUAGAUAAAGCCUUUUCAAGUUAUGCCCACCUGUCUGCUGAUGCAAGCCUCCUGACCUCUGGGACUACUGCAACAGUAGCCCUGUUGAGAGAUGGUGUUGAACUGGUGGUAGCCAGUGUUGGAGACAGCCGGGCUCUUUUGUGUAGAAAAGGCAAACCCAUGAAGCUGACCACUGACCAUACCCCAGAGAGAAAAGAUGAGAAAGAAAGGAUCAAGAAAUGCGGUGGGUUUGUAGCUUGGAAUAGCCUGGGACAGCCCCAUGUAAAUGGCAGACUUGCGAUGACAAGGAGUAUUGGAGAUUUGGAUCUUAAAGCCAGUGGUGUAAUAGCAGAACCUGAGACAACCAGGAUUAAGCUCUACCACGCUGACGACAGUUUCCUGGUCCUCACCACCGACGGGAUUAACUUCAUGGUGAAUAGUCAAGAGAUCUGCGACUUUGUCAACCAGUGCCACGAUCCUAAAGAAGCAGCUCAUGCUGUGACUGAGCAGGCAAUUCAGUACGGUACUGAAGACAACAGCACUGCCGUAGUAGUGCCCUUUGGUGCCUGGGGAAAAUACAAGAACUCUGAGAUAACCUUCUCAUUCAGCAGAAGCUUUGCCUCCAGCGGGCGAUGGGCCUGAUCGUCAGCUCAGAGUCGGUGUUCCUGUGCAGCAGUGUGCCAGUGGGUUUAUCGAGAAACUGGUAACACACAGAAGGCCACCUGUACCCGUGUGUCAUUGUAACUUGAUAGAUCCCAACAGAGUAUAUAUAAGCUUACCAGCCGCACACCCAGUAGUAUUUUCAUAAAUCUGCCUCAUCAUUAUGGUCAACUGCACAUGCUCAGUGUAAGCACGGUCAUCAUUAUGGUCAACUGCACAUGCUCAGUGAAAGCACGGUAACACAGCUGUGAAGCCGAUGCGCAUCUCUGAGCUGAGUGAGAGAAGAAGCGGUUUUGGUCCAUUUGAUGAGUGAUAAAUCUAUUUGGCUUUCUAAGUUUUUAAGACUAAGAGGCAAAUUUAGUUUCUUUUUAGUAAAUUUGUUCAUUAUUCAGUUGGACAGUUUGUUUUCUUUUUUUUUUUUUUUUUUUUUUCCCGGAGCUGGGGACCGAACCCAGGGCCUUGCGCUUGCUAGGCAAGCGCUCUACCACUGAGCUAAAUCCCCAACCCCGACAGUUUGUUUUCUAAAUUUUGAUUGCUAGCCAAUCUGUUUUUGCUAGUGUUUCUUUUUCCAUUCUCCGUAGAAAGCAGGUCCUCACUGACUGACCUUGAACUCCGGGGUUCAAACAGUCUUCCUCUUCAGCCUUUUACCUUUUAAUUUUUAAUUUUUUUUAUUUUUUUAGAGCAGAACAAGCAUAGAUUUAUUCAAGAAGUGUGAGAAACAUAUACCCAGGAGAUGGGGAAUUCCAAGAAAGGAAUACAAGGGUUGUUUUUAAUUAAUGUACCAAGGAGUGAAAAUAAAACCUAGGUUCUCUGUUACGGUGUACUCUGGAUCACUUAUUAAGAAAUUUAACCCUGCAAAAGACAUGGCUAAAGUGUAUACAUAUUUAUAGAUAGCUUUCUUGUGCCCUUCCCCAUCCAUUUCUAUUUUUAUGUAGUUAAAUAUGCUAUAUAGUUGUAACUGUUCCUUAAUCUCCAAGACUGUACAGACUCUUUGGUCAAAAUAUGUAAAGUGAAACACUGACAACAUCAGUCUUAUGUAAGUUUGCUGCUGUGUGUUUUGUGUAUAGUAUGUUUAUAUCACUUUCUGUGCACACAGUAAACAAUUUGAGUCCUUUAUUAGUAAAGAUAAUAUUAUAACAACUAAUACUGUUAUAGACAUAGCUUGGGGUUCAUUUUCCUUGUUUCUAAGAUUUAUGCAAAAGAAUAAAUCUUUUAAAAAGGAUGUUCAAACACAUCAGCUUGCUAUGUAAAUUAGGGGUAAAACCACACCCCUUUUUACCUACAUGUAAAACUUCUGUCAAACUGUGAAUCCCUGAAUGUGUGUUUGGAAUUGAUCUAUAUUUUCACAGGGUAAUGUGAAUUUGAUAUAUGUGCAGUGAGUGUAUAUAUGUAUAUUUUGAAGUAAUAUAAAAUUAAAGGGAACAAUCUUGUGGAGCAUUUAUCAGCUAGCUGUAAAUUAUUGAUUUAUUUAUCUCUAAGGACACUCAACACAUUGAGUGUCAGAUUCUCUGUAGUAAAGAAUCAGUGGUUAUUGGUAGAUAACCACUAUAUAUUAAAAACAAAUAUGAGGGCCAGAUAUGAUGGCCUAUACCUAUAAUCUCAGGCCUUAAGGAGGAGACAAGGGAAUCAGGAUGGUAACUUUGAGAUUAGCCUGAGCAAGUUCCAGGGUAGCCUGAGUCACAGCUUGUGUCCCAAAACAGAAUAUCAACAACAAAUGUCUGUAAGAGACAUUUUAUUAUGUGUGAUAACCAAAGAACAGGGGCAGACAUGUUGUGUGGUAAUUUAAAUAUGAAAUUAUGGGAUCUGAAAAGAACAGGAAAUGUUAAAAGCAGCUUGGACUUUGGUGGCAGAAACAAAAACAAUGAAAUAUAUAUAUACCUGUCAAGUCUGACAUGUUUUCUUUCUUUAACUUUUGUUUCAAGUAUUUAGUAAAAAUAAAGAAUAAGUCCUCAAUAAAGAAUCUAAUGUCUUUUCAUGGAUAUUAGUUGAAAGGAACAACAUUUUUCAGGCAUGUUACCUUACACGUGCAGUUCUCCAACAUCUGGGGAGGCCCAGUAAUCCUGAAUAGCAAGACCCCAUGUCAAGGGACAAAACAUGGGGAAGAGGAUGUAUGUGCUGUCCAAAGAAGCACGGGAAGAGUAGCCGAGCUUUGGGGCUUUCUUGUUGAGUCCGGUGUUGGAACAAAACUAUGAAAACAACUUUUGAGCAUAUGGAGGACGUGUAAACUAUGUGCACAGCAAAAUUCUCCAGCAUAAAAGUGGAAUGUGGUGUGUGCUUUGUUUCUGUUUUGUGCUCUUCACAUUGCGGUUCCCCCUUUUACUUUGAAACUAGGAUCGAGAGUGAACUUGUGAUGUUCAGAGGUUUGAGGGUCGUUCCUAGGUGAAGGUGUGUUCUAGACCUGACAAGGAGGAAUCUGUAGAUGAAAGCCUUGGGCGUGUUUGAGCCUGUUUCAUCUGGAAAAGGUUUUUGAUGGUGGUGAUGUUAGGUAGGUAGGUGUGUGUGUGUGUGUGUGUGUGUGUGUGUGUGUGUGUGUGUGUUUGGACAGACUUGUCUCAGCCUCCUGAGUGCUGAGAUUAUAGGCAUGUGCUUUCAUGCCUGAUUUUACCCGAAAGAAAUUUAAAAGACAAAUUUAGUCCUCCUUGAUUAAGCAUAAAAAGUACUGGUCUCCACAGGGGCCGGGCUGCAUCCUUUCCUAGAGGCUUUCUUUCUUAACACACAUUUAUUAAGAUCAAACCUGAAUAAAACUACAUGUUAAUUUUAAAAAAUACACAUGUCUUUAUUUUCUAAGUUUUAGUAUUAAAAUACAAUUUAAAGAGUAUAUUAUAAACCUUACUGAUAAGUAUACAUGCGUGCCUCUGUUAUUGGAAAUGGUACAAGAGUGGAAAAUAAGGGACCGUUCUUACAAACUUCUCAUUUAGUAUCAAUUUAGCUGGGGGGUUGCCAUGUGGCUAUAAAUGAUAGAAUACAGAAAGUAUAUUGUAUUUAUGUGUGCCUUUCAUUUACAUACAGUAUGUAGAAAAUUUGUGUUGCCAUCAGUUAUUUGGUGAACCAUUAUUAAAAAGUAUUGAGACAGUUUAAGAUUAUAAAUUUUUAAUUAUUUUAUCAGUUCAAAAGUAAAUGUUGUCCUGCUUCCUGUCAGCUGUUCAUUUGUUAGGAUUCUUUGUGUCUCGUCACUGCUUCAAAUCUAGGUUUCUUUUCCCUCUCUGGGGUCAAAGAAUCCCUUGGAAGGGAUCAGUUUUGCUUCUGUUUGUUUGAUAUGAGCUUUCCCAUAUUAUAACAUUUAAAAAAUUUUAUUUUGAAAAGGUAGUAGCAUAUAAUCUAAAAUAUAGAAAUUAUUUAAAAGUUGACUAUUAGCUAAUUUUCUAAUAAUGGAUAUGUAAUUAAUCUCAUGCUAACAUAACAUGCUUUUCAUGUUAUGAAACUGUUUCAGCGUGGGACUUGGGGAGUUCACUUUGGAGUUAGACAACUGUAGCCACGCAUUUGUGUUUUCCUCUACUGUGAGGGUUCUCCAUAUACCUGUGCCUGUAAAACACGGGGCCAUAAGGUCUGGGUUGUUCCCUGACAUUGAAUUUCUUAGUUUUCAUUAUGAGAAUGCCUUAAGCAGGAAUAGCAAGCUGUGUUUAACAAGAUGAAGAAACCAGACAUUGGCUUGCCUGUUGUUCUUGGCCAGUAGUUUCUGUGGCAGCUCCCAUUGAUUGAUUGAUGGUUGGAAUGGUUCACGGAGUCACAGAAUUCUAGAUUUUGAGAACUCAAAUGUGUGCCACCAGCAAGAGCAACUGACCUGUGUGGUUGGGUGCCAGUACAAAAGUCAGCACUGUGGUAUGACCUAAAUUAACUGAACUUCUGUUGCAUGUCUCUUGUGAAUAUAUCUUUUGUAAUUUGUCAAAGUCCUACUUGGUACAGUACAGUUGUGGUGAAUUUGACUAUUGUUUUAAAUGUAUUGCUAGAGUGACUGUGAACAAAGGAAAAAAAUAAAAGCCCAUCUCGACGUUGAAAACAUCCUAAUAAAAUGCACAUAAUAAACUCUUCCUAAA